AGCACUCAUUUCACAAACUUCACAAAAGGUGGUUGGUGAGAGAUUACGGAUAUUUUUUUGCUAAAUCAAUGGCAGACUCCAAAACUCUAACUUCGUCUAGCAAGAGACCAGUGAUAUCCCAGAAUGAUAUAUAUGUGGCACAAUGCAAACUUUGCAUGAAAUUUAGAGAGAUUGAUACGCAGGAGGAGUUUGAGGAGAUCCUUCAUAAAAUCAAACAAGAGCCUUUUGAUUGUAGCAAAAAGGAUAAUUGUAGGUGUGAUGAUCCUGCUGAUAUAGAAUAUGAUUCUACGCGGACAUGGGUCAAAUACAAGCCUAACAUUCCAAAGACUCCAAAAGGAUUCAAGAGAAUCUCAGUGCUUAGAGAUGAUUACUCUAAAUUGGACUCCUACUACAUAACACCUACAGGUAAACAACUGAGAUCUCGCAAUGAGAUAGCAGCAUAUCUUAAAGAUCAUCCACAGCCCAAUGGUGUAUCUGCUUUGGAUUUUGAUUUUUCAUCCCCAAAGGUCAUGCAAGACACCAUUCCAGAUAUUAUUGUGAAACAGAAGGAUUCUGCGAACAAAAAAGUUAAGAUAGCUAAAGAUGAAGUUUGAGAAAUGUCAUCACAAGGUUGCUGCAUUUUGUUGUUCUUGAUGCUAAUUAUGGUUGGUUUGUUUGUAAUAUAUUAUUUCUAGAUAUUGUGUUAUGGCAAACCAAUUCAGUGGUAUUGAAACAAAUUAAACUUUAGUUAUGGUGGUCCAUAGUAAUUGUAACCUAAACAGGUAUAUGCAGGCUCUUUGUGUUUUAACCUAAAUACAUCUUGUACUCUAUCUUUAUAAAAUAAAUACA